CAGGAGUUUCUCUUGCAGCCGACACAAAAAGAACUGGUUUGUGAUAACAAACUUGGUUGAGGCCGCGCCCCCCUGCGCUCCGCCGCCAGUUGUGUGUGCGUGACGGCCCGCAGAGGAGCGCAGGGCCGCGGGAGUCAUGCGCUGGCGUCUGGAGGUGGCCGGCCUGGGUCUGGCCCUCACCGGGUGGCUCUGCGGCGUCUUGACGCGCUGCCUGGCUCUGUGGAAUGUGAGCGGCACGCUGGACAACACCACGGCCACUCUGCCGGCCUACUGGGACGGAGUGUGGCUGGACUGGGACCACUGGGACCUGGCCCACGAUGGGCGUCUGCAUUGCUCCUUCUACCAGUCGCUCAUGGCUCUUUCUGGAAGUUUCCGCACGUGGAGAGCCCUCAUCAUGGCGGCGCUGGGCGUGGGGGCGUUUGCAUUUGUAAUUGGCGCUGCGGGGGCCGUGUGGUUCCCCAAGCGGGGGCAAGUCAAAGUCUUUUCCGGGGCUCUUUUUGUCCUCUCCGGGUUCCUGCUGCUGGUUCCCACUGCGUGGACCUGCCAUCACUCCAGUCAGCCGCUGGAGGGCGCUGUGCACCUAAGGAGAGACUGGGGACCAGCUUUGUAUUUGGGAUGGAUCUCUUUUGCGCUGAUGCUGGCAGGAGGGAUCCUCCUCACCACCCGGUGUCCCACCUCAGAAGCACAGGCUGAGGUCCCUGGAGGCCCUGGGGCCCCAGACCUGGAGGAGGACGCAACUCACCCUCUGAGCAGGAUCCACAGGACCACCUUCACACGCAGCCAGUAUGAACGUGGAUCAGUACCAAUUUAAAACUGACAAAUUAUUUGGACGCGGUUCUUUGUGACUUCAAUAGUGUGGAUGAAAACGUGACGUUGUGAGAGAAAAAAUACUAAAAUUGUGUUUUUAUUUUUGAGUAAGGAUUUGAAGUGGAAUUACAAUUGGCACAUGUAUACCACAAUGUCCUUAUGUAUAUACAAGGACUGUCAAAAUGAACAAGUUAAAGGCCUACUGAAAUGAAGGGGGGGGGGGGGUUGCCCACAUAUGUGGUCCUCUCAAAGGUUCUCAUAGUCAUCGUCGUCCCACUGGGUGAGUUUUCCUUGCCCUUAUGUGGUCCUACCGAGGAUGUCAUAGUGGUUUGUGCAGCCCUUGUGAGACACUAGUGAUUUAGGGCUAUACAAGUAAACAUUAAUUGAUUUAAAACGGGUAUAGCAGGUCAGUUCUAUGUGUCGUACUUGAUCAUUUUGCGAUAUUGCCAUAUUUUUGCUGAAAGGAUUUAGUAGAAAACAUCCACAAUAAAGUUCGCAACUUUUGGUGCUGACAAAGCCUCCAACAAAAAGUGCUAUUCGGACCGAGGAAACGACAAUUUCCCCAUUAAUUUGAGCGAGGAUGAAAGAUUCGUGUUUGAGGAUGUUUAUAGCGAGACUAGAAAAAAAAAAAAAAGUAAAAAAAAAAAAAAGCGAUUGCAUUGGGACACAUUCAGAUGUUUUAGACACAUUUACUAGGAUAGUUCUGGAAAAUCCCUUAUCUUUCUAUUGUGUUGCUAGUGUUUUAGUGAGUUUAACAGUACCUGAUAGUCGGAAGGGUGUGUCCACGGGUGUCUUGAUGCCAAUGUCUCAGUGGAGUCGACGGCAGUUAUGGACGGCACAAGCUCAGCUGAUCUCCGGGAAGAAGCGACUUUUUACCACAAUUUUCUCACCAAAACCUGCUGGUUGACAUUCCGUCGUGGUUCAUGUUCGCUUGACCGCGCUCUGAUCCAUAGUAAAGUUUCACCUCAAGGAAUUUUAAACAAGGAAUCACCAUGUGUUUGUGUGGCUAAAGGCUAAAGCUUCCCAACUCCAUCUUUCUACUUUGACUUCUCCAAUAUUAAUUGAAGAAAUUGCAAAAGAUUCAGCAACACAGAUCUCCAAAAUACUGUGUAAUUAUGCGGUUAAAACAGACGACUUUUAGCUGUGUGUGUGUGCAGCGCUCAUAUUUCCUAAAAACCCAUGACGUCUUGCAUACACGUCAGUAUUAAACGACGUUUUAAAGACGAAACUCCCGGGAAAUUUAAAAUUGCAAUUUUGUAAACUAAAAAGGCUGUAUUGGCAUGUGUUGCAAUGUUAAUAUUUCAUCAUUGAUAUUUAAACUAUCAGACUGCGUGGUGGGUAGUAGUGGGUUUCAGUAGGCCUUUAACUCAUGUGACUAAUCGCGUUAUUGUGAACACACUUGGAUUAAUCGUGCGAUUUAUUUUGACCGUACAAGCUCAGUGAUCAGAUCAAUGCAGUACAAAAAUAGUCUGCUCGCUGGCAAAUUUCACUCCAAAAUACAUCGUAAAAGAAUUUUGGAUGAAACUGUUACCAAGUGUUGUGCAAAUAAAUCCCAUGCAAACAUUUAAAAAUGUUCCUGAUAAUAAAAUCGCAUUUGUGUACAAA